UGAAGUACUUGUGCAUACCUAGAUUAAGGAUUUUUUUCCUGUUUUCUCUCCUUCAUCCUUCAUUACCAUAACAUCUCAACUAUUUCGCAGCGGCGACAUCAAAUUCAGUACUCUUCUUUUUAUAAAAUAUACAGGACUAGAUCUACUUUUUACCCUCCCAAUUGUGUCAAUAAGGUACGCAUUUCCCGUCUUUACCCCGCCAUGCCGCCCAGUUGUCACCAAUAUUGAAGAGUAUUGGCAUACACGGCAUGCUAUGCCAACCCAGUGGAAUCAGUUACCACUACGUACAUCUACAGGCUGUGUAAGAUUUGCUAAUUGGAAUACAGAAACAAAUAGACAAAGGAAUUAAUCCAAAUACCGGCAUCAUGAAUCACUCAUUGCCUUUUCGUCAAAACUAUAGAAAGUAAGCAGCCUUAUAUUUUUUUCUGUACCAGUUUUAACCUCAGUACUUCACGUAUCUGCGCAUAGUUAGAUCUCUGUACUGACUAUAUAUCCUACAGACCAUCGCGUCAAGCGAGUAUGGAGUGAGUACUUCUCUUCUCCUUUCAUUCUCAAAAAUUCCAAUUCAUCAUGUUUGAAUGUUCGCGCCGAACUCGGACAUUGGGGUAUGGUGGAUGCCCAACACUCAAAACUUCGACUUUUCGGAUUGAGCUCAGAAAUCGUUUCGGAAAUAUAAACUCAUUGAGUACCUCGAACUGGUUCGAAAAUAAGAAGUUUUGGCGCCAAAUAAAGGCCGAUUGCUACUUCGGUAACAAGAAUAAAAGGCACUUUAUACUGAUAUGUCUAUAGUCCACAUAACGAUUUGAACCCUCAUGUAGAUCAUUUCAGUAAGCUUUGCUCCAUUCCUUUCUUCAAUUCGUGCUCUGGAAGGACUUGAGGAGACAAUGCUACUAGUUCCAAUAGUAGACAUUUCUUUACCUGUGGAUAAUAGCUAAUUCUCGUCAUAAACAGUCGGAAUAGAUGUUGGAACUGGAUCAGCAAGAGCGUGUAUUAUCGAUGCUUCAGGAGAUAUUAAAGCUUGUGAGUUAUACGUCCUUAAUACCAAGUAACAAGCCCUAAUACUUGAUAGUGGCUACAGAGAACAUUGGUCUAUGGCAGCCAGAAGUCGGAUACUAUGAGCAGUCUACAACAGACAUCUGGAGAUGUAUUUGCAUGUGUGUGCAAAGAGCUCUCAGCCAACACAAUAUCGACCCUACAACAAUCCGCGGUAUCGGUUUUGAUGCUACUUGUUCCUUGGCAGUAUUUUCACAGGAUACUGAUGAACCAGUACCUGUCACCGGUCCCAACUUCGCAAAUGAUGGCAAUGACCGUAACGUUAUUUUAUGGCUCGACCACAGACCAGUCGAAGAGGCAAAGAAAAUUAAUGCAACUGAACACAAUCUGCUACGAUACCUUGGAGGAAAGAUGAGCAUUGAGAUGGAAAUUCCCAAAGUCCUAUGGCUGAAGAACAACAUGCCACCCGAGCUCUUUGAUCGUUGCAAGUUCUACGAUUUGGCGGAUGCUCUGACACAUAUUGCGACUGGCAAUGAAAGCAGAAGCUUUUGUAGUACUGUCUGCAAGCAGGGGUAUGUCCCAGUUGGUGUCGACGGAAGCGUAAAGGGAUGGCAAGAGGACUUCUAUGAAGCCAUUGGCCUGGGUGAUCUUACAAAAGAUAACUUCAAACGGAUGGGAGGAGUUGAUGGAGUAGUAAGCCCGCUUCUAACUGCAAAUUAUGAUUUUUAAUCAUCCGAGUGAAUGCUAACAUGAUAAUGCAGAAUGGCAACUAUCUCAGCGCGGGUGAACUUGUUGGUACUCUUAGCGAAAAGGCCGGCAAUGAACUUGGACUUCCAGCCGGUAUCGCUAUAGGAAGUGGUGUUAUUGACGCAUAUGCCGGAUGGAUUGGUACUGUUGGUGCAAAGGUCAACCUUGGAACAAAUUAUCUUGAUACCGGAGCACCCAAGAAUGACAUCUCCCAAGCAUUCAGUCGCCUUGCGGCUGUAGCUGGUACCUCCACCUGCCAUUUGGCAAUGUCACGCGAGCCUGUUUUCGUUGAUGGAGUCUGGGGCCCUUACCGAGAUGUUCUACUUCCCGGUUACUGGAUGGCAGAAGGUGGUCAGUCGGCUACUGGUGAACUCCUCAAACACGUCUUGGAGACCCAUCCAGCGUACAAUGAGGCCAUGUCCAUGGCGGAGUCAUUUAAUACCAGUAUUUACGAUUACCUAAACUCUCAUCUCGAGGAAUUGAUGGAGAAGGAGAACGCUCCAACCAUCUCAUACCUUGGACGUCACUUCUUCUUUUACGGUGAUCUUUGGGGUAACCGUUCACCAAUUGCCAAUCCAAAGAUGACUGGUUCAGUUAUCGGUCUUACCAACGACCGUAGUAUGGACGGUCUAGCCAUUUAUUACUAUGCCACCAUGGAAUUUAUCGCCAUGCAAACUCGACAAAUUGUUGAGACCAUGAAUAAUGCUGGACACUCCAUCACCUCUAUCUUCAUGUCCGGCUCACAAUGCCAGAAUAAAAUCCUGAUGGAACUUAUGGCUACCACCUGCGCCAUGCCAGUUCUGAUUCCCAGAUACGUACACGCAGCCGUUGUCCACGGUGCCGCCAUGUUGGGUGCCAAAGCAGCUAGUGCAGAUAAAGGAGGCAAGACAGAGGAGCUAUGGAGUAUUAUGGAUAGAAUGAGCAAGCCAGGCAAGGUUACCAGACCAGGAAAGAACGCCGAUGAAAAGAAACUGUUGGAUGUUAAGUACAAGGUAUUCCUUGAGCAGUGCAAGACUCAACAGGUAUAUAGAGAUCAAGUCGAUGAGGCGAUAGAAGGCUGGGGACCGGAGUAAGUGGUUUUGAGUUAAGUAGACUACGACUUUUGACGAAUGAACGAAACUUUUGGAUGUAUGAAUGGAUGGAUUGAGCUAGAUAUUUUGAUAUUAAGGUAGUGUAUCUCUUGCAAAAGUUUAGCAGGAAUACAAAUAGGACAUUGGAAUAAAAGGUUUCAUUUUGAAGUUUCCUUUCCGAUUACCGAAUAUCUAACAUUAUGUGAUAUGAGAUAUAUAGAAAUUGGAAGCAAAAGUG